AUGACUGAUAACACAGCUGUAAGAAGACGUUAUGAAAAAAGUUUCACAGAGAGACCUGGAUUUACAGAGGAUGAAAUUGAAGAAAUAAGAGAAGCCUUCAACUUGUUAGAUACAGAUGGAACAGGUACUAUUGAUCCUAAAGAGAUAAAAUGUGCUAUGCAAAGUUUAGGGUUGGAUGCUAAAAACCCUAUGAUAUUUAGAAUGAUAGCAGAUUUAGAAAAGGACGGAUAUUCAUCUAUAGAUUUUGAAGAAUUUAUGGAAGUCAUUACAUCAAAAUUGGGAAAUAAAGAUACAAGGGAAGGUAUACAACGAAUAUUCAAUUUAUUUGAUGAUGACAAAACAGGAAGUAUUUCUUUAAAGAAUUUAAAAAGAGUUGCUAAGGAAUUAGGAGAAACAUUAACAGAUGAAGAAUUAAGAGAUAUGAUAGAUCGUGCUGAUUCAAAAGGAGAAGGAGAAAUUUCCUUUGAUGAUUUUUAUACAAUUAUGACUAAAAAGAGUUUCUUAUAA